AUGUCGGCCUACACAACAAACGGUACUGGUCAAGAGACCGAAAAGAUCAACACCAACAUCGUAACCCUGACCAGGUUCCUUACGGAAGAGCAAGCCAAACAUAAGGAGGCCACUGGAGAUUUCACUCUUUUGUGCCACGCGCUGCAAUUUUCCUUCAAGUCCAUCGCAUACUAUAUCCGUCGAGCUACCCUGGUCAACCUGACGGGUCUGGCCGGUUCCUCCAACACCACUGGCGACGACCAGAAGAAGCUUGAUGUAAUCUCCAAUGACCUCUUCAUCGAGGCCAUGAGAUCUUCUGGCAAGUGCGCUUUGUUAGUUUCGGAAGAGGAGGAGGAGGUCAUUUUCUUUAAGGACGCUACUGGUGCCCGUUAUGCUGUCGCAUGCGACCCCAUUGACGGCAGUUCCAACUUGGACGCUGGUGUGUCGGUCGGCACCAUCUUUGGUAUCCAUAAGCUGCCCGAGGGCUCCACCGGAACCAAGGAGGAUAUCCUCAAGCCAGGCACCGAGCUUUUGGCUGCCGGCUUCACCAUGUACGGCGCUUCUGCACAGCUCGUCAUCACCAUGAAGGGCGGUACCGUCAAUGGCUUCACCCUGGACAACGGCGUCGGCGAGUUCAUCCUCACCCACCCUGACAUGCGUCUACCCAAGGCCCGUGCUAUUUAUUCUGUCAACGAGGGUAACUCCCUCUACUGGGAGGACCGUACCAACAAUUACUUCAACUCGCUCAAGACCCCUCAGGAAAACGGCAAGCCGUAUAGCGCGCGCUACAUUGGUUCCAUGGUAGCUGAUGCGUACCGCACCCUGCUGUACGGUGGUGUAUUCGCUUACCCAGCCGACAAGAAGAGCCCCAAGGGCAAACUCCGUAUUCUGUACGAGUGUGCGCCCAUGGCCCUGGUAUUUGAGAAUGCUGGCGGUCAGGCAGUAGACAGCCAAAUGAGAAGAAUGUUGGAGGUGGUGCCCGAGCACAUCCACGAUAGGGCCGGCAUCUUUAUGGGCAGCUUCGAUGAGGUCGAAAAGGUCAAGAAAUUCCAUCUGUAA